AUGCCUAUCUUCCCAGGAACGUCAGAUGACCGCUUCUGCAGCUACACCGGCGACAGCACGUCUGGCGAUUGCGACUCCUCCCACUACACCCUGUUACUGCUGCUGGAAGUGUCGAAGUACCAGUUCCUCUUCGGCCCCUGGAUCGAGAAGGGCAUGUACAAGCUCCGACUGCCGCGCGCUCUGGUGGCCCUCCUGUCCAUCCUCACCAUCCUGUUCUGCGUCGCCAUCGUCCUGACCGACAUCAGCGUCAAGAACGCCACCUCCGACUUCACUGACGGCACCUCGAGCUUCGCCGGCUCGGUCAUGAACACCAUCGACCGAUACCAGUCGCAAGUGAACGGCCUCUCGCAGAGCAUCCAGAAGACCGUGUCCGACUACAGGAACGGCGCGAGCGACCUCAAGGACAGCAUCGACAUCCUCAACACAGUCCAACUCAUCAAGUGGAUCAUCGAGAUCGUGGUCUGCGCCUUCCUCGUCUUCGCCUCCGUCGCCGGUCUCAUCGCUGGCGUCUGGCCCAAGCGCACCUUCUUCCUCAUUGUGAUGGUCAUCUCGUUCCUCGCAUUCCUGCCGACGAUGCUGCUGUUCUCGUACGACGUGGCGGCCGAGGGCGUGAUGAAGGACCUCUGCAGCGAGCUCGAGAAGGAGCAGAAGGGCGACUUCGCCGCGAUCUCGUUCGGCGUUCUGUCGUGCGACGACACCAACGUGGCCGAGUCGGAGUCGGAGGACGUCACCCUCACCGGCAUCGCCGCGCUCGACGACCUGCUCACGUGCAAGGUGGUCAAGUCCUACGCCCAGAAGAACAGCGACCACGUGUGCGACGGCAUGAUGAACUCGGGCAUCAUCGGCCUCCUGUCGCUCUUCAUGGCGAUCGUGCUCGUCUUCAUGUUCCUCAUCGCGUUCGGCACCCACGGCAUCAUCGGCCUCAAGAACAAGGAGCGCAAGGACGACGAGGAGAUGAACAAGCCCCGCCGCGGCUACGUCGAGGGCAAGAACGGGGCCAAGAAGAACAAGAGGCCCCUCGGCCCCGUGGCCAAGGAGGGCAAGGCCCACCCCCAGCAGUCCAGGUAA